AUGGCCAGCAAGUAUCCCCAGCGCAAGAUCGGCGAUGAUUCGGUCUCCUCUCAAGGCUUGGGAUGUAUGGGAAUGAGCUUUGGUUAUACAUCAUACGGAGGCUACGAUGACGAGGAGUCAUUGAAGGUCUUGACCAAGGCUGCCGACCUGGGAAUCACAUUUUGGGACACUAGUGACAUCUACGGUCCGUUCACCAACGAGAAGCUGAUUGGCAAGUGGUUCAAGGAGACCGGUCGUAGGAACGAAAUCUUUCUGGCCACUAAGUUUGGCAACAGGAUGGUGGACGGAACGAUGGAAGUCUUGGGAAGCCCGGAGUACGUGAAGCAGGCCUGCCAGGAAAGUCUGGAGCGCCUUCAAACGGAUCACAUCGAUCUGUAUUACCAGCACCGCGUGGACCCCAAUACGCCGAUUGAGAAGACUGUCGGGGCCAUGGCAGAGCUGAAGAAGGAGGGCAAGAUUCGAUACCUCGGACUGUCGGAGUGCUCAGCGAGGACACUCCAGAGGGCUCAUAAGGUCCACCCAAUUGCGGCUGCCCAGAUGGAGUUUUCUCCGUUCGCGCUCGAGAUCGAGUCUGACCAGACCAACUUCCUGAAAACGGCAAGAGAGCUGGGCGUCAAGAUUGUUGCUUACUCUCCCCUCGGUCGUGGAUUUUUGACAGGCUCGAUCAAGAGCAGGGCCGACCUCGACCCAACUGACUCCCGGUUCAAGCACCCACGCUUCUCAGAGGAGCACUUCGGUGAUAACUUGAAACUCGUCGAGACCCUUGCCGACAUCGCACAGGAGAAGAGCAUCACGCCAGGCCAGCUUGCCAUCGCGUGGGUAUUGGCUCAGGGUGAAGAUUUCAUCCCAAUCCCAGGUACGAAGCGUGUCAAAUACUUGGAGGAAAACAUUGCCGCAAUUAAUGUGAAAUUGUCCAAGGAGGAGGAGGCUACGAUCCGGAAAGCAAUUGAGAGUGCUGGCGGCUCGAAAGGUGCUCGUUACCCACCAGCCAUGAUGGCCAAGUGCUUUGGAGACUCGCCUGAAUUGUGA